AACACCCUUCCCCCAGUUUUUAUUUUGAUCUCAAGUGAAAAGCAUGUGUUUAUCAAGAAAUAUUUCUUGAAAUCCAUAAAGUAUUAGUGAUUAACAAUAAAAUAUGGGACGCAAAAUACCCGGCAAGAAACAUCAUGGAGUUAAAGAUCCACUGAAGCAGCAGGCAAAACGUUUAGAAGAAUUGAAGACGAAAAUAAAUGCACCACCGAAGAAUGAAGAUGAACAAGGAGUACCAAAAAGUCUUCAACGUGUCAUCGAUUUAAAGAAUAAAGUAAAGAGUGGCAAAAUAGUGAAAAAGAAAAGAAAGAGAUCGAAUCGUGGUUUAAUUAUUCUUGGUCCACAAAAUAAUAAAUUACCACAUCCAAAAGCGAAACCCGAGAAAGCAGUUCCUUUGUUUAAUCAAAGAGUUGGUGAAACUGAUGAUACAUUUCUGAGGAGAGUUAAUCGGGAAACGGAGAAUUUUCUACAUGAGACUCAAUUUGAGAAUAAAUAUAAUGUUCAGGUUAAGAGAAACAUGGAAACGGGAGUAAUUGAGGGUAUUGAGAAACGGCCAAAGGAUGAAAUUGAAGAAUUAUUGAAACUUAAAUCGAAGCAUAAGAAUAUAAAGAAGAAGAAGAAGGUGAAGAAAUCUGAAGAUGAGGUUAGAUUGACGAAAAGUCAGAAGAGAAAGAAUAAAUUGGAAAUGAGGAAAAGUAAAAAGUUGCAGGAUCAGAUAGACGAAUUUAAAACAUUUAAAGAUAAUGUUGCCUUCGGCGAAGUUGCACACGCGCCGCCGGACUUGAAAAUUCGUCCUAGGAAUGCUGAUAAAAUUGACAGUGUCAGGCCUGUUAAGAAAGACUUGCUAUUAAAUUCGAUGCUUGAUACAAAUAAAAAUCAAUCGGAAGUUGGUAAGAAAAAUAUUAACAGAUCCGGGAAGAGAAAAGAUUUGCCUGUUGGUGAGAGGUUCCGAUUGGAAAAGCAACAAAGGGAUGCAGUCGCAGCUUACAGAUUAUUAAAAUCAAGGAAACAAAUUUAGGUAAUGGUAACUAGAUAGUUUAAUUAAGUAAAAUAAAACCGAUAUUUUCAAACAAA